AUGUUGGACACGGCGGGCGAUCCAGUGGAAGCCGAAGGGAUUGGGACGGUGAAGCUCACGCUCUGGGGGAAGUUCAACCAACCCCUGGUGUUGAAAAACGUGUACUUCGCGCCACGCGUCGGGAUGAACCUGAUCAGCGUGCCGAAGUUGCUACGAGACCGCUACUCGGUGGUGGCGCACCCACAGAACGUCUUUGUGCAACGCCGAGGACGGACGGUGGGGACCGCCUACCAUGCGGAGGAGGAUCUGCUGAUCCUGCGGUGCCAUGUGAGCAAGAGAUCCCGAGAGCGAGUCCAACUGGCGAGGGCGCCGACGACCCAUGACCAUGCAGAUUCCCUGGAACCGCAGGCGGUGGCCAUGGACGUCGACGACCCUGAGGAGUCAAGUGGCGUAGGAUGCGCAUCGCCAACCUCUGAACUCGGUGGUGAAGCACGGAUACUCGAAGCAGAUGCGAGCACAGGAGUGGACCAGGCCUCCGAAGCGUUGUGGCACGCUCGAAUGGGACAUCUGAACCGGGGCGACUUGAGGGUGGUCCUCCGGCAGACCGGCACUCCGUACCGACCGCUGACGCAGGCGCAACUGCAGGCAACGCCGCAGUGCCCGGCGUGUAUGUCGGGUAAGCAGCAUCAGAAGAGGAACUCCCGCGCAAGACGGCCACGUCUGCAUUCAACGAGAAUUUUCGAAUUGAUUCAUUCGGACAUCAUGGGGAUGCCGAUCGCCAAGGACGGCUGCAGGUACGUGAUCACCUUUACUGACGAUUAUUCUCGGGGCUCAUGGGCCUAUGCCAUGAGAUGGAAGCAUGAAGCGCUCCAAAAGUUCCGACAGUUUGAGGCCUGGGUGCACCGACAGUUCGGCGCCCGGAUCCAACGCUUCCUGACCGACAAUGGAAGAGAGUAUCUGCCGGUCGGAACACACCUCGAACGCCAGGGAGUUGAGUUCGACACCUCGCCGCCAUACUGCAAGGGGCAGAAUGGGCUGGCGGAACGCACAAAUCGCACCAUCCGGGAGCGGAUGAACACGCUCCUGUCCGAUGCGAACCUUCCUCCUUCCUGGUGGACCGAGCUUUUGGAUACGGUGGUCUAUCUGAAGCUGCGCGCGCCAGCGUCGAUCUUACAGAAGAAGACUCCGUUUGAAGUGAUUUACGGGAAGCCACCCUUGCUCUUGCAUCUGCGACGGAUCGGCUCCCGUGCCCGGGUUUUGAUCCCAAAGGAACAUCGAGCAAAACUCGGGCCGCGAUCAUCCGAGUGCCGAUUACUGGGUUACUGUGAGCCGAACCAGUACAAGCUCUAUGAAAUACAUUCUGGAAAGACAGUCUUCUCCCGCGAUGUCGAGUUCGAUGAGCGGACCCCUGUGGCGCCACUCAUCGAGGGGGAAACAGGCAACGACCUCCCGGACAACGCUCCUCCAUCGACUGUCUCUCCAUCAAUUCCACGCUUAGCCAGUGGGCUGCCAACGCCCCCUGCAUCGCCAUUAUCUCUGUCGAAUGGGCAAGAGAAAAUGCCCGAGGAGAUCCCUCCAGUGGUCAAUCCAAUCGAACAGGGACUUGACGUGACCUCGGAUCUUGGGUACUCAAUCUACGGUCGCCGACGAAGACCGUCACGGCGUCUCCUGGAGUCACUCGGCAAAGUGUACUCGACAGGCGCAUUGAAAGCCAUUUCGGACAGACAAGUCGAUCCGGUCACUUUUGGCGAAGCUGUGUCAGGCGCAGACCAGCUGGACUGGUGGGCCGCUAUCCAGAAAGAGUACGCGUCCCUUCUCGAACACGGAACUUGGGAAAAGAUCCGGCGACAAGACGUUCCGGCCAGUGCUCAUGUGAUUGGCUGCAAAUGGGUCUUCAAGACCAAAGCGAACGGGAUGCGUAAAGCGCGGUUGGUCAUCAAAGGCUACCGGCAGAAACAGGGCGUCGACUUCCAUGAAACAUUUGCGGCUGUUUCCAGAAUGGACUCAGUCCGAUGCAUUGUCGCGAGCGCCGUGCUACGCGGAUGGAAACUCCACCAAUUCGAUGCAGUCACCGCCUUUCUUCAUGGAGAUAUCGACUCGUCUAUCUACAUGGAGUUGCCUGAAGGCUUCGAAGAGCCAGGGCACGUGUGUCGACUGCGCCGCUCACUAUAUGGUCUGAAGCAGGCUCCGCGGAUUUGGUACCAAUGCGUCCACCGCGUCCUGGCUUCUCAUGGAUUCACCAUGGCUCAGUCGGACAACUGCGUGUUCUACAAGCCAGGUUGCGUCGUCUGUGUCUACGUCGACGACUUUCUUGUUGCGGCAGCAAACAAACACGAAAUCCACCAAGUGCAGCAAGCAUUGCAAGCGGAGUUCCAGCUCAAUGAUCUGGGCAUCCCACAAUCAUUUCUCGGGAUCCAGUUUGACCACCAGGUUGACGGAUCUGUAUCCAUUCACCAACACCAGUACAUCCAGAAGGUGCUGUCGGAUUUUGGUAUGGAGAACUGUCAGCCGAAGUCUACGCCGAUGAACCCUAAGCAAAGCCUGAAUUCUCGCGCAGAGGAGGAACCUCCGGAUGAAGAAGCAAAAGUUCGCUACGCGACUGCUAUCGGCUCGCUCAUGUAUUUGAUGGUUGGCACGCGACCAGACAUCGCGUUUGCGCUAGGAAUGUUGAGUCGCUUCACAUCCCGACCGCAAUCUCAUCAUCAAGUCGCCCUUCAGCGGCUGCUACGCUACAUCACAGCCAUACAAUCAUACCGGAUCACCUACCGCAGCGGGCAAUUGAUUGGAUACACAGAUGCCGAUUUUGGUGGCUCUGUCGUCACUGACGGUGCCUACUCAACAUCUGGCUAUGUCUUCCAACUUUCAGGCGCGCCAGUUUCCUGGUCUUCUAAGAGACAGGGGGAAGUGGCCACAUCUAUAACCCACGCCGAGUAUAUCGGACAGUACAAUGCUAUUCUGCAUUUACAGUGGCUUCGCACCUUUCUGGCUGAAACUCACCUGUACCGCUCUCCAGUCACCAACAUCAUGGCUGACAAUCAGUCUGCCAUUGCUCUCUCUCGCAAUCCUGAGUUCCACAAACGAACGAAGCACUUCAAUGUAAAGUUUCACUACCAGCGUGCCGUGCUGGACACUGGCGAGAUUGGGCUUCAGUAUGUUCCGACCGAGGAACAGGCCGCGGAUGGUCUCACCAAGCCCUUGGGACCUACAGCCUUUGUCAAGUUCUGUAGUCUCUUAGGAAUCGACGCCUCGGAGAUUCCAAGGCAACAUGCAUGA